AUGCCCUUUUGGUGUUGGAUAGCAGUGCGCUGGUUCUGUGGGGGUAGCAGUAAGUCUGUUUGCAUUUAUUAAGUCUGCUGGUUUUCCUGUUCUUCCGCGCCUUACUGAUCUUUCCUAUUCUAGCUUUCUUCAUUCCAACCAUCAACAGUUUCGUUCACGUCGUAAUGUACACCUACUACGGUCUAGCUGCCUUUAGACCGAAUUGGACACUGUACCUGAUGUAUAAACAUCUUCUCACGGUGUUACAGUUGGUAAGCAACACUUUAUGUUACCCGACGCAUUCCCUUGUAGGUGCAGUUCUUUAUAUGUAUGUUGUUCGGCCUGACUCUACUCCUUGUUCGUUGCGACUUCAUACCUGUUCAGCUGGUCUAUGUGGGUUUGACGUAUGGAGCCACUAUCAUCGGUCUGUUUCUUAAUUUCUACAUAUCUGCUUAUUCCCGUGAUCGCAAAAAGACUCUGAGACAAAGCAACCAACUUCGUGAACAUGCCGACUGA